GCAGAGUAGAAAAUUUGUCUUUUUCUGUGAUUUCUCGUAUAAGUCAUGUCCAACGAAGGGCUAAAAGUAAAGGUGGAUAAUAAUAGUGAAAAUAUAGAUGCACUACAACGAGAAGUGGAGUCAUUGAAGACGAAACUAGAAGAGGAACGACUAAAACUCAACGAUGUCACACUGCCAGACGUGGCCGGGAGGCUAGAAUCAAUACCCAGUCUGAACAUUAAGGUGCGGCGUGUUCUGAAGGGCCACCAAGGCAAGGUCCUCGCGAUGGACUGGAGUCAGGACAAGCGUCACAUAGUUAGCUCUUCGCAGGAUGGAAAGAUGAUUGUUUGGGACGCAUUCACAACUAACAAAGAGCAUGCUAUAGCAAUGCCAACCACUUGGGUGAUGGCAUGCUCGUAUGCCCCCUCUGGCACUCUUGUCGCCUGUGGCGGCCUGGACAACAAGUGCACGGUAUAUCCACUUAGCUUUGAUGAAGACGUGACAGCAAAGAAGCGACCUGUUGCAACUCACACCAGCUAUAUGUCAUGCUGCAAGUUCACCAACUCUGAUCAACAAAUUCUCACGGGCAGCGGCGACAGCACGUGCGCCCUCUGGGAUGUUGAGAGUGGGCAGCUGAUGCAGAGCUUUCACAACCACACGGCCGAUGUGAUGUCUAUCGACCUGUCUCCCUCUGAAACGGGAAACACCUUCGUGUCUGGGGGAUGUGACAAGAUGGCGAUGAUAUGGGACAUGAGGACAGGAGACUGUGUGCAGAAGUUUGACGGCCACGAUGCUGAUAUCAACACUGUCAAAUUUUACCCGAGCGGUGACGCUUUCGCCUCCGGGUCCGACGACGGAACUUGUUGUCUUUACGACCUGAGGGCGGACAAAGAAGUGAACUGCUACACCAAGCAGAGUAUAAUAUUUGGCGUCAAUGCUGUAGACUUUUCAGUUAGUGGGCGGCUGUUGUUCUCCGGAUACAAUGAUUACACAGUCAACGUGUGGGAUACCCUGAAAGGAAACAGGAUCUGCAUUCUGUACAGUCACGAGAAUAGAGUGAGUUGUCUCGGAAUGUCACCAGAUGGUACUUGUCUAUGCACGGGCAGUUGGGACUUCACACUCAGGAUUUGGGCAUAACACUACAGAAUAGACUACGCCAAUGGCGGGAACAAGGAAUCCCCAUGCACAGGUGCAAUUUAUAGACCCGUCAUUGUCUAUAAUUGAUUAAAUGUGUCAGCACAGGUUUAGCAAACUCAGCCAUGUGUCAGCAUUAGCUACUUUUUGAACACAAAAGUAUUAUUAAAUGUACAUGUAUAUUAUUAGCUUGAUUCUGAGAGAGAUAGAUAGAGGGAGAGCUAACUAGUGAGAGAGGGAGUGGUAAACCUUGCACUGCCUAGAGGCUGAUUUGCACUGCUCUUCCAACAAGCGAAACGAACACUGGUAACAAUGUCAAGCGCUUUACGUCGGGCGACACGUCUUGUGUAACACAUUUGUCUUGUGUGUGAGCUACGCUGCUGCUGUCUCUGUGUGUGACGCAUAUGUUGGGAAUCAACUACUUUGGUGUGUUUGUUACACCAUUGCUCUGCUCAUGGCUUUACCAGCGUUCUGCUUCGUAUCCUGAUUAAACAGGAGACGUUAUGAGUCCUUGAUGGACCACCAAGGACGCAUCUGUUAGUGGAAGUUUUCUGUAUGCUACAGAAGCUGGUCAGAGUUUCCCUGGUAUGUGCUGCCACCUAGUGGUGAAAAUUGCAAGUAUCGCGUGUUUUUUCGACCAUGUUUCGUGACGCAUUUGAUAACAGUUUGGUAGCAAAAUCAGAUGAUAAUUUUCAUCAUCAUAUACCUUUCGCCACUUAGUGGCAGGCCAUGGAAGCAGGUGCUUCCAGUUACAGUGACAUCUUUAGCCACGAUGUUCCAGCGAAAAUUCUAGUCUUCCUAUGGAAUGAGGUUUAUUAUCGAUAUUCCAGGUUUUUUGCCUGAGAUUCUAUGAUUGAUCAUGUAGCUGUGUACAAUAACCCCAGAGCUAAGAAUUUAUGCGUUUUUUCUCAGUAAAAUUUAGCCACGACCGUGCGUACAUUGGCAGCAGCAGCCUGUUAGCUCGUGUGUGCGUGUGUGUGUCCGUGUGCAGACGCAAUUAGCUGACACUGUACCAGGUAGUUACCUACACCUUCUAACUCGAUUUAUUAGAGUUUUAAUCUCACAUCGGUCUAGUCACUGGUUUUGUACAUGCGUCGUUGUAUAGUUUAGCUGGAGUGUGGCAGGGGCUGUCUGGCACAAUCUAGUAUAUAUAUGUGCUUGAACACUCUCCCUCACUUCUAAGAAUCCCCUCCUGUUGAAUAUAAUAUCAGCGUGCAUUUAGGAAUCGUUAGUAAACUGUUGAUUUUCGGGUAUUAGCUUUGAUUGUAACGAUAUGGCGAGAGCGCGAGAGAGGAAUCGAGUGAUGAGAGAGGGGUGAGUGCAUGGAUAGGUGCACAUACUACGUUACGUGCUGCCGUAUAGGAACUAGAUUUUGUUUUACUUCUUGUUGAAGUACUCUGUGUUUUCUGCUGCCCUGCUGCUUAACUCUCCCACCCACCAAUAUGCGUCUUUCUCUGGCAUAUCUCCAUUCCUACCCCGUUCCUCGUACUAUGUACUACUGUCAUACUUCCUCGUCCCCCUGUGAAUUCUUGAUAUAUGUUUACUCUCUGUAUCCUCUCUCUAGCCGCCCUGUUCUAUGCCACAGCUUGCGUUCUUGGAUGUGGCAGGUUUCGUAAUCAUCCUACACCCACCCUAUCAUCCUAUCCCUGUGCUUUUCUCCAAUUUAUCCUGCUCUCUACUCCCUCCCCUACGCCAUCUCUAUCUUACGUAUCCUCCACCCUCCCUAACGUGAUCAUCACGGACACUUCACGUCUCCCACACAUCGUGCUCUUCACCUUCCCUCGCCCCUUCUUAUCUCACACUUCGUCCACCCUUCUCCCAUUCCUUCGACUAUUCGGCCAACACUCCUAUGCAUUACGAUGAGAUAGUGUCUCUGUAGAUAGAGAGAGAGAGGGAGCGACGUUUCGGUUGUUGUUGAUGUUGUUGGGUGGAAGCGUUGCUAUGGGGUGCUGACGGCCGGCACAUCCCCGCUCCUCGCGUAUUUUUCUCUGGACUGUCGACGGCAACGAUGAUUUGCGCAGCGGCAGCGGCGGACGCAGGCGGGCGGACGCGCCGACGAGAGACUGUACAGUACGUGUUGCUAUGUUGUCGCGCCGCGGCUCGCUAGGUGCAGGGAAGCUAGGCGCCUCGCUGUCCGCCCACUCUCCCUCGUAGCUGAACGCGUUCCAUCGGUUCGUCAAACGAUGGUGGCGCCACGGAGAGCAGUGUUCCGGCGAUGGGGGUUAACGGUGUUUGUUUUGUUGCCACGGGAAGUGGCGGGGGGUCUCGCGAGAUCGCGCAUGCGGUUAGCGAAACCAGCGAGGACACACCCGGGGGAACGGGGGGGGGGGCGAGCCUGGAAUCGUGAGGCAGGCUGGAAUCAUGUGUAGGUGUGUGAUCUUUUAUUUUAGCAGUUUUCCAAUCGUGACACAAAUCCCCUAGCUAGUCCGAGUAUCCGCAGCCCCUCGCUGGAAUCGUGGUUUCUGUGAUUCACUCUAGGUGGCAGCUAGGGAGCGAGAGUUGUGGGCGGUCGCGUGUGUACAUAUAUAUCUACCCUGCAUCUAUAGAUUGGCGGUCAUGUGCAGUGCAAUUUUUAAGACCAAAGACGUAUUUUAGGGUUAUUUAUUCAUGUAUGUGCUAUUUACUUGUUAGGGUAUUUAUUUAUAUUUAAACAUCCAUUGUUAUUUACAGACAUCUACAUGUAUGUAUACACUUUGCAAAUGUGUGCGCGUGCACGCAUGCGCACAUGUGUAUGAGCGCUAGCGUGAGAUUAAGAGUGUGAGUGAUAAAAAGCAGAAAUACAAGAGCAAACGAAAAUGUGCGAGAGAGUGCAAGUGUGUGCGUGUGUGUGUGUGUGUGUCUGAGAGAGAGAGGUGAGAGAGGGAGGAUUGAGUGAGAGAGAUUGAGUGCAAGAGUGAGUGAGAGGUAGCGAAGGGGAGAGAGAGAGACAUCGAGGCUAUUGGGCCUUCAGUACAGACGUGGUUAGAUCGAGUGAGAAGUUCCACCUAGUAUACAGAACAGUUACGUACAUCUAUCGUGAUACUGGCUUUGACCAAUACUGCGGCAGUGCUUGUUAGAGCCUACCUGUUACAGAUGCUGCCAAACACGUGACAGGUGCUGCCGAUCACGUGACAGGUGCUGCCGAUCACGUGACGGGUGCUGCUGAUCACGUGACAGGUGCAGCCUAUCACGUGAGAGCUGCAGCCGAUCACGUGACUGGUGCAACCGAUCACGUGACCAUUGCAGCCGAUCACGUGACGGGUGCAGCCGGUCACGUGAGGGUGCCGCCUAUCACCGUGUGGCGGCUUUCGUUAUUCACCUGCCGAGGAGAAUUUGUUAGGCACGUGCGGUUUUUCACACAACGUCGUCGUCGAGAUUAUGAUCGCGCGGUGCGGCCGCUCGGUGGCGCCACCGUGCAGUGCGCGCGUGCGCUGGUAGAUGCUGGGAUACGUACAUGUAGACGUCGGGCCAUCACAUCAGUUAUCACUCAUGACACGCGCGUAUUGUGCAUGUGCGCUGUAGACGUGCACUUUGUUUUAUUGACGACACUGCAGUUAUGUAACAGAAAAUAAAACCACUUGAAAUAACC